UUCGACGACACGUCAUUUUGGGUCCUUCCAUCGAGACCCGUGUCUCAUGUGCGGCACGUUGCACUUUUUCUUCGCUGCAAGUUUUUUGUGCGUAAUUUCUGCAUAUUUUUUAAAGACGUCGUGCGGUAUUAUUCUAAAAUAUGAAUGCUCUUUAAAUCAUUUUACGCUAUUCUUCAAUUCGCGCUCCAAAUUAAUAACCCAAGGUCUAACAUCGCGGGAUGAAAUCAUCAACGAUGGGUCGAUUUACUUGCUUCUGUGUCCUAGCUGCUGUGUUUGAUACAACUAAACAGCAGUUGAUUCGUGUGAUGGAGAGUAACUUCUCUGAAACAGUCUACUCUCCCUAUUUUACGGACAAAACAAUGUUCAUUAAAUAUUUCAUGAGGGAGCCAAAACAUUUGAUGGUGCUUGCCCCGCAAGGUUUUGGCAAGUCAACUAUCCUCUCUAUGCUUCAACUUUUCCUCGAACUCCAGGCAGACCGGAAUGGGACCAUAAUUCAACCUAACACCACUCAAAAUGUACCCUUCUUCGAGAGAGUCAAGAUUCGGCGGGAGGAAGAAUUCUAUGAUCGUCAUUUUGCGCAACACCCCGUCCUUUAUUUGAACCUGAAACAUCUAGCCUGCCAUUCGAGCUACUUGGUGUUCGGUCGGACCUUCCGGGAUAUGAUCGUCCGCAUGCUCCUCAAAUACAAGUAUCUGCUUAGAAGUCGAAUCUUAGCCUCGAGGGCUCCUCAGGAGUACUACAGCUGCUUUAAGUUACUCUUCCAGUCUAAUUUUAAUCCUGAGCAUUUCAUACUCAUGGGUCGCAGGAUGACCAGGUACCUAUCCUGGCACUUCGAGCGCAAGUGCGUGGUGCUGAUCGACGGGUUCGACGCACCCGGAACGCGGACCCUCCAACCGGGCUGCUCGUACCCUGGGAUGCCGGGCACCUCGACGGACAAGCGGAUCCUGGACGUGGUGGGUCGCUUCUUGACGGCCCUGCUGGAGGGUGACGAGUUCGUGAGCCACUCCCUGUCGAUGGGCGUCACGCGGAUAGGGAGCACCGUCGUCUACGCCAACCUCACGGCCGCCUCCGCUCUCGACGAGCCUGAUCUCGCCCCGUUCUUCGGCCUCACCGAAACCGAGCUCCGGGAUAUCGCCAUGAGUCGAGGGCAGCUCCAUCACUUGGAGAGACUCGCGCUUUGGUACGGCGGGUAUCGGGCUCAAGGGAGCAUGAAGAGACAUUUCAAUACUCGUUCCGUGAUGACUUUUUUCAAGAAGGGAAAAUUCAAACGCUAUUGGAGAACCCCGCCCGUUAUGGAACAACUACGCGAACUAUUUGACUACGACCUUUUCGGGGCAUUUUUGGAAGGGGCCUUGAGCACAGGGCUCCCCGCUGCUCUGGACAAGAGGUAUAUGCGUCUCAACUCGCUUAAAUUCCGGGGGCUUUUUGCUCCCUACUACAAAUACAGCCCGACGGACAACGACUUAAUGGUACAGUUCUUGCUAGAAAACGGCUACCUCACCCCUACAGGAGUGUCCGAAAAUUUCAUAAUCGGGGUUUCCUCCCCCAACCUCGAGAUGAAGGAGGCUCUGCAGAAGCUCUUAUACCAGGAGAUGUUCUUCCGGAAGAAGUUCAACAUCAGCGGGCGGGUGGUGAAAGACUACGUUGAAGCACUGCUGAAUUUGACCGGAGAUGAGGCUCAUUUUAGGGCCUUCCUCAACUGCACGGCGCGGAUUUUUGAAAGGAAUUUCCCCAGGAAUGAGGCAGAGCUCCAGGCACCACUUUUUAUUUUCCCCACGAUUAUUGAAAGGGCCUUCAGGGAAGUGAAAAUGGACUAUACGAUGGAGGGAUCUACAAGGGAUGUUACACUGACGAGAAAAAAAGACGGGGUUGUUAUCAUCCUUGGAGUUCGAUACGAUAGAUCGUCAGCACCGGAAGUAUUAAAGCAGGUUUUAGCCUAUAAUCAUCAACAGCUACUUGAGAAGUCUGUGGCUGUGACGACCACUACAGAGAAGUCACUUUCGCAUCAACCGACAGGUCGUAAACUCAUCGAUGCGCUGAGAGAGAAAGCUUUGAAGUAUAAAAGUUCCAAGGAUAACGCUUCCAUGCCAGCGACUAUUGUAAUUGGUCUGAGUGUUACCAGGACAAGGAACUAUUCUAUCCCAGCCGAUUCCUGUGAGCAUGUGCCUGGUAUUGACCGGAGCCCCGAAAGUCGAGCCGUUCCGCGUCCAGUGAGAAAUUGUGUGGUGUGGAAGUUCACGUGUCCGUGCGUGUACUGCAUUAAUCUACACUCUAAAAUAUUGAAAAAGGUAUCUUGCCCUUUAUUACCUCUUUUUAUCACCCCUCUCCAGGGAUCUACAAUUGAAGACCUCCAUAAGCACAGGCAAAAUCAGAGCACGUCCGAUACCCGCUGCAAAGAGAUAACUUAAGAGGCCUCAGUGUUUGUCUGACAAUUUUGACGUUCUUUUGUAGCUUCAUACCUUCAUGCCAGAUCUGAAUCCCAUAGAAAAUAAUUGAGAGUAUUGCAUUUAUUAUCAAUUUUUUCCUAAAGAAGGAAGGACCUCUGACAUUAGGUAGCAAACAUUUGUAACCUCUGGCCACUCUCCUCGCUUUUUAACAGACAGUUGUUAUGUGACAUUCCAUGUUAAAACAUUUUCCAGGUUGAAACCUUAGGGUGCCAAGUACGCACAUUAGUUCUCUUCUGUGUACCGGGUCUCUCUUGCUCAAUUCAUUUUUAGUCUGCGUAAGGCUUUAAUACUAGAGUAUCCUUUACGGAAUCCAAACUGAUUUGGGGAGAGCCCCAGUCCCUCCAAAAUCCUUCCGGCCAGUAUGUGUUCGCAUAUCUUGCUCACGCAAUUUAUCGGGCGAAAUUUCUGGACUUGUGAGUCACCACCUAUCUUUUUCCCCUUAAUCCGAUGCUACGUUGCCAACCCCCCAUAACCGGUUGGAUCUUAUUUUCUAAUUGCUAUUUGAGCGGAGGUUUGUUUUAGGUGGAUGCCCCAGCGACCAUGGUCACAAGGCUUUUGCCUCUUCAGUCACCUAUUCAGGGGUUCCUCUGUUAGUCCAUCUGUGAGAGGGUCAGAGUGUACACUCUACCUCGGAGCAUGUCUCCCUGCUGCCCUUCUUAAUGUACUCUUGAACCGACUUCAUUUGAAGGUCGUGUCUAAUUUGUUCAUUUGUAUAACAAACCAGGGAGCCCCCGAGAUCACCCCAAGUACCUUGGCCUAAAAGGCCUCAAUAAGAUACCUAUUGGACUUCUUGGCACACCCCCAGUGUUCACAUCCAUACGACCAGACUGGCUGAAGGACAUGCUUGUAGAUUAAAACUUUGUUGGAAGUUGAAAAGGCUGGAUUCCUACCCAGCAACCAGUACAUUUUUGAGAAUUUUAGAUUUAGUUGUUGUCUUUUGGUGUUUCUUCCAGGUAAACUUGAGAUCCAAUGCCAUGCCUCGAUAUUUCGCAUUAUCUGAGUAUGGCACCGGACUCCCGGCUAUUUGUAUAGGUAUAUUCAACUCUGCGAUUAUUGAACACGGCGUGGGUUGAUUCAGGGUUGCUGAGGUUGUAGAUUUGGUUUUCUGAAUCAUAAUACCAAAUAUUUUGAUGAUUGACAGAAUUUUCUGUUUGGUCUGUACAAUUGCUUAAAAUAAAUAUGCUGUAGAAAUUAUACGUCCUAAAAUU